AUGAGUGCGGUGUCGCGGGCGCAUACGCAUGGCUGUUCAAGAGUCCGGCGAGCUGUGAGGGAGGAGCACAGCCUUAGCUUUGUUUCAUUCCUUCACCUGCGGCAAACGCAGGUUGUCGUCUUCUCCGCCGUUGUCGCCUGUGCGUCGGCCGGUUACCUCGGACUCGGAGGUCUCGGUGGCGGUGCCGGCCUCGGUGGCCUCGGCGGUGGUGCCGGCUUGGGAGGUCUCGGUGGUGCUGGCCUCGGUGGUGCCGGCCUCGGAGGUGCUGGUCUCGGAGGUAGCAUCACUCACCUAGGCACCGCACUGGGCGCCGCCUCAGCGCACCCAGUGGCCACCCUCGGUGUGGUUAAGCAGCCAGUCAUCAACUACGGUGUGGUGGCCAAGCCCGUUGUCAGCUACGUCGCCCAGCCCGUCGCCCACGUUUCUCACGCCGUGAAGCCCUUCAUCAGCUACCACGGUGGAGCCGGAGCUCUUGGCGGUGGUCUCGGAGGCCUCGGUGGAGCCCUCGGUGGUGCUGGACUCGGAGGAGCUGGACUUGGUGGAGCUGGACUUGGAGGAGCUGGACUCGGUGGUCUCGGUCUCAGGGGCCUCAAGCUCUGGUAG